AUGACGCACGUGUUGAUGCGUCUACUGAAGCUCAUCUCAAAUGCUCAGACCAGCUUUAAUCGCUCAACUAUUGCUGAUGCCUUCAAUGCUAGUAUCAGUGACUAUCUUGAAUCCAUCAAAAACAACGCAACUACAAAUGGAAUGUCAGAUUCACAAAUUAUCUUGAAAGACGUUGAGAAUGCGAUGGUCUCGUAUAUCGACGACAUGCUCGUUGCCUAUGCAUCUGCCCAGCUGAAGGUGGCCGAAUUUACAACAUCCGUACCGACUCUGGUACAUGUCGUGCGUAUCGGGUCCCGGGGUAAUAUUACCGCAGGUGCCAAUAUUACUGUUCUAAUUAUACUUCUGAUGAUAGCUGAAGCGAUCCAUAUACGAGGGUGA